AUUUUAGCUUUUCAGCUAUUCAAAUAGUUCAACAGUUUCCACAUCAAUCCCAUAAUCAUCGCACGCCUCUCCCUCUCAGCCCACACCAUACCCUGCUUUCCUUCUCCACAGUCUCUCAUAUUCUCUUAUCUCUUCCUUCCAAAUGUUCAUAAACCACUUGGGGUGGCAACAACCACAGCAAUAUCACCAAGAACAACAAAAACGACAACGAUCUAUAAUGGAACCGACCCAAAACGCCCAUUCUCACCAUCCCCAAAUCCCCAGUGAAAACCCUGCUGCUUGGGCCUCUCAUUUCCACCACCAACACCACCACUCCUGGCAGCAGUUCUAUCCUCCCUCUAUGUUCCCCUCACAGAAUCCUUCUCUUGGCUUCAAUCUCAAUCAGCAGGAUGAUGAUGAAGUCAAUGACCAACCUACCGCGGCUGACAACCAAGAAAACUCUAGCCAAGAUCCGGAGAAAGAACCCAUGUUUGAGAAACCCUUGACUCCUAGUGACGUUGGCAAGCUCAACCGUCUAGUUAUCCCCAAACAGCACGCGGAGAAGUACUUUCCGCUCAGCGGGGACUCGGUGGAUAAAGGGCUGCAGCUGAGUUUUGAAGAUGAGUCAGGCAAGUGCUGGCGCUUCCGCUACUCGUAUUGGAACAGUAGCCAGAGCUAUGUAUUGACAAAAGGGUGGAGCAGAUACGUCAAGGAGAAGCAGCUUGACGCAGGGGAUGUUAUAUUAUUCGAGAGGCACCGUACAGAUGGUGACAGGUUGUUUAUAGGGUGGAGGCGUCAAGGCGGUGCAGCAGCAGCUGAGGAUGGCGGUGCUUCGCUUAGUGGUGGUGGAAAUGACGGGUGGAAUAGGGGAUUGUAUCAAGGGCAUCCUUAUCUUGGCCAUAUUCACGGUCAAGAGGUUGCUAAUGUACUAUACCAACCUGACGGUCUCUAUGCAGCAACUGCUAUUCAGAGCCAGUCGACCCCGGGGAACUCAAGGAGGCAGCUGCGGCUGUUUGGGGUGAACUUGGAGUGCAACCUCGAUGAAUCCGAGCCAUCCACACCAGAUGGCUCAUCUAUAUCGAGCCAGGGUCCAUCCUACCAACAAUUCUACCCAUACUCUCAUCCCUAUUCGGAUAUCACUUUCUCUCAAGGCGUGAACCAGAUGAGAAAUCACCGAGGAUAGAGAUCUGAGGGAUGUGACGUCCUGGAUUUGACUAAAAUCGAAACCCCAACUGAGGAAAAACAUAUAUAAGAAAUUACGAAAUGCUAUUUUUUGUUAAAUAGAAAAGAAAACGAAGUGUAUCCCUGGAAUUAGGCAACAUUCCAGGGGUGGGAAUGGGAGUGAGGGGCCCAAGGAAAAGAGAGGGAGGGGAUGACAUAAGGAAAUGCCAAAAUGGGGAAGAUGGGGUUCGUUUGGGGAAUCUAUUUGGGCACUGUUGAGAUUCUGCCUGAAGAUUUUUCAUGGAGACUAAUAAUCAGUCAUAAUGGUGGAGAUGGUGGUGUGUUUGUGGUGGGUGGGUGAGUGUAUACUGUAUAUGGCUGUUGCUUCAAUGGAUGGAUGACAGCCCACUCCUUUUUCCUAAUGUGUAUGAACAUCAGAUCAUGUAACCAAAGUUUUUUGAUGCUCUACUCUUUUCUUAAUAUCUACGCCCAUCAAUUCAUGUAACCGCAGUUUUUUGAUGCACUAUUGUAAAAGUUGUAUUAUGAAAAAGAAAAGAUUAGAACAAGA